GAUGCUCAGGCCACCGUUCCCGGCGCGCAGCCGCAGCUGGCCCUCGCUCCCGCCCCCGCCUGGAGUCAGACGUGGAAGUUGCUGGCUGACUGCGCUUGCGAGGAAACCGUCUCGGAGCUGCAGCCGAAGGCCAAGGAGUCACUGAAGAUCGGCGAGGGAAGACAGGGGGUUCAUCAUGGGUGGCUUUUUCUCAAGUAUAUUUUCCAGUCUGUUUGGAACUCGAGAAAUGAGGAUUUUAAUUUUGGGAUUAGAUGGAGCAGGAAAAACCACAAUUUUGUACAGAUUACAAGUUGGAGAAGUUGUUACUACUAUACCUACCAUUGGAUUUAAUGUAGAGACGGUGACGUACAAAAACCUUAAAUUCCAAGUCUGGGAUUUAGGAGGACAGACAAGUAUCAGGCCAUACUGGAGAUGUUACUAUUCAAACACAGAUGCAGUCAUUUAUGUAGUAGACAGUUGUGACCGAGACCGAAUUGGCAUUUCCAAAUCAGAGUUAGUUGCCAUGUUGGAGGAAGAAGAGCUGAGAAAAGCCAUUUUAGUGGUGUUUGCAAAUAAACAGGACAUGGAACAGGCCAUGACUUCCUCAGAGAUGGCAAAUUCACUUGGGUUACCUGCCUUGAAGGACCGAAAAUGGCAAAUAUUCAAAACGUCAGCAACCAAAGGCACCGGCCUUGAUGAGGCAAUGGAAUGGUUAGUUGAAACAUUAAAAAGCAGACAGUAAUUCAGUCCAUUCUUCUCCCCUGAAAUGAAGACUACAUCACCUCUCUCCCUUUGGAAACAGUCAAGUGUACUUCACACUACUACAUGUUAAAACUAUAUGAUUAUUGGCAUAUACUGACUGACUGCAAUGUUUGUAGUAAAUAGGGAAAAUAAGUAUUUAGUUGGAGGGAUAAUUCAAUCAAAUCACCUGAAUGUUCUAUGUAAUGUAAAAUAUUCUUUUCUUGCUUUCUUGUGUUAAGGUAUAUAUUCUAUUUGUAUGGAAUUCUUACUCAAAUACAGUUCUAUUAAAGAGUGUACUCCUAUUGGAUGAAAAAAACCUAUUUUUGAAUAGUAGUUGCAGCUUGUUUGUAUAAAUACUAAAAAAUAUCUUAACAGAUUUUUUCCCCUUAAAAUGAAUUAUCUUUCCAAAGAUUAGAUCAGUAUGAGAGUAGGUGAGGAACAUAGUUUGUAUAAUAUAAUCUUUAUUUGCUAACCUGACCACUUUUUAUUAAGCUGUUUUGUUUAAAAGCUUUUGGAUAUAGGCAUGAAUAUUAUUUUGAUGGUUAACUUCAUUGACUUAUCUGUAAUUGUCAUUUUAUAGUACUUUAUAGUUGUCAAAAAAAAAUCUUACAUAUAUUGAUCUAGUUGAUCGGUACAGGAAGCUUGUGAAGUAGGUAGGACAGGUUAUGAUGUCUUCACUGUAUGGACAUGGACCCAGUGUUCUAAUAGGUUGGCUUUCCCAAAGUCACCUGCUAGCUGGUAAGGUAGGAAUAGGGCUCAAAGUAAAACUUUUGGUUCAGAAGCUUGACUCAUAAACUAUAUUAUAUAUUCCCCAAAAUGUCAGUAUUGACAACACAGUCUAACUCUUAAAUAAAAUUAUGCUAAUUAGUUACAUUCAAAAUAAUGUCUAUAAACUUAUUUGUCUAUACUAGUAGAAGUGAUCAGUGACAUACUAUAAAUAAUCCUAAAUGGUUAUAUUUGAUGGAAUUCAUAACACUUUAAAGAGAAAAUUUCACAUUAAAGGAAGGUUUAAAAAUCUAUUUUCAGAUUAUAAAAGGUGUCUUUACUGGUUUUCAUUCCUUUACAUGUAAUUGGACAUGUAAACUUGUUAAAAAUCAAAAUCUUACUGAUUGUACAGGGAGAAAUUAAGCAUUCUGUUUUAAAAAUUAGGCUUAUUGCUAGACUGUACGUUUAAAAACAAUUCAUGUUCAAAGGAGCUUUUCAAAUUACCCAGUCCGCCACAGAAUCAGCUAAUGUGACAGAAGUAAAUAUAGUGCUUCAUAAUUGCUAAAAACAGGGUGAAUUUCUUUCACUUAAGUUGGAAAACCAGCCUUUAAGAAAUUAGGUGCUGGUAAUGAGAGCUUAAUACCAUGGUUCCCCGCAGGUCUCAGAAACAUUAAUAGUUCCUUUCUUGGCCCUUACUGUCCUUCCAAUGUUGGCCUCUGGCCUCUUCCCCUCACAUUUAUGUUCAUUCUCCGGGCUUGUAUUCAUUCUCUGCUGCUUUCUCCCUUCACCCGCGGGACUCUCACCCUUCUUGCUCAUUCUCCAGCACCCAUUCCUACUUUAGUCUCUUUGAAAUCUUUUUUGGAGAUUUUCCUUCAGCUACAAGUGUUCCAGUACAACAAUAUUACUCCUGAGGGGCAAAGACUUUUUCAUAUUUAUGUCCCUAGUAUCUGGUAUGGCGCCUGGCAUAUGGCAUUUCAGAAUAUGUUCAUAGUUGAAAUAGUAGGAUAGAUAUUUGUCAUCUUGACAAGUAGCCCUUUGCAAUUUAUACUUGAGUUCACUUCUGGUCAAUGGCACAUGGCUGGAAAAUGCAGAAAACAAGUUCACUUACAGCCUGAGGUUUGUAAAGUUUGUACAGCUGCCUCGCAGCAGUUCAGGAAAACUGCAAAAAAGGGAAGUAAGGUCCUGUCAGGCAGACCUGGCAUGUAGCUGCAGGCCAUCUUGAAUCCUAGGGCAUGAAGUUGCCCCAAAGUUCAGCACUUGGUUAAGCCUGAUCCCUCUGGUUUAUCACAAAGAAUAGGAUGGGAUAAAGAAAGUGGACACUUAAAUAAGCUAUAAAUUAUAUGGUCCUUGUCUAGCAGGAGACAACUGCACAGGUAUGCUACCAGUGUUUGGAUAUUGAUAUAUACAUGGCAAAUCUGAAUAUUGUUUUAUGAGAGGCUUGGCAAUGGGAAAAACACCAAACUUGAAAUCAGAACAUAGGUGCAAAUGGCCACUCUAGUAGUUUCUUUUCUGUAAGAUGGGACCUGGACAAAUGAUACUAAAUGUUUCUUUCUGACAUUCUAUUUUAUAACUGGCCUAUGGUUGUGUUGUCUUGCAUAAAAAAAAAAAAUUUGAGAGUGGUAGAAUUACUUCUGUUAUCUGAAAUACCUGAGAUGCACUUUAAACUGUUGAAAUGUAAGCUCUGAGGGCGGGGACCGUAUCUUAUUUACUGUUAGUAUCCCUUGCAUCUAAUGUGGUGCACCGGCACACAGUAGGCACUCAAUAAAUAUUUAUUGAUUAAAAACAAA